UGCCCUACAUCUGAUACGGCGCACCGUGCCUAUCACCCUAUCACCUACUUAGGCUGACAUAAAGGGGUCUCUUCAGAACCUCCUCCCCGCCCAUCAUUCCUCCGCCGCGCCGCCUCCCUUCUAGCCCUCGGCAUAGUAUUCACUACGCUCGGUACCGUGAUGGCAGCCGCGCCCGCCAUCCCCGCCGUCAGCGCGCUGCUGAACCCGCCCACGGACGAGGAGACGCUGUUGAUGUUCGAGCCGGAGACGGACCACCAGCGUGAGGUCGAGGAUUUCAUCCAGAACCACCCGCUGACCAAAGAUCUGCGGGCCAAAGAAGAGUUCUCCGAGGCCAGACCUCACCUCAAGAUCCCGCCCGCAUACCGCAAUUACAAUCUGACGGGUGGCACGUUGAUGGGGCCGGGUCGGCUCGUCGUGCCUCCUGUCAUUUUCGCGGAAGAGGGCGGAAAGAGCUUGGUGUCGAUCUCGUAUUUGGGCGACGAGCUGUGCGGACACCCGGGCAUUAUACAUGGCGGGCUACUCGCGACGAUCCUAGAUGAGGGGCUAGCGAGAUGCUGCUUCGCGGCACUGCCCCAUAAGAUCGGCAUGACAGCUAAUCUUAACAUCAAUUAUCGCGCCCCGGCCCCCGCGGGCUCGUAUGUCGUGCUCAGGGCUACGACGACCAAAGUAGAGGGGCGUAAGGCCUGGGUCGAGGGCCGUAUUGAGACACUAGUUGGUGAGGGCGAAAAACCCUUGGUUCUUGCGGAAGCGACGGCGUUGUUCAUCAUGCCGAAACAGGCUGCGGUUAGUAUUUUUCUUAUCAUAUUUAAGGGCAACAUAACCUGGCACCCCUCCCUAACCCGGCGCGAGCGCAACGCAAGCCGGGGCCAAAAGGGCUUCACGCUCUGGUUCACAGGGCUAUCCGCGUCAGGCAAAUCGACCGUCGCCACCGCGCUGGAGCAGCACCUGCUUCACCUGGGGCUCGCCGCGUACCGACUCGACGGGGACAACGUGCGGUUCGGAUUAAACAAGGACCUAGGGUUCAGCGACGCGGACCGCCAGGAGAACAUCCGACGGAUCGGGGAGGUAGCGAAGCUAUUCGCCGACAGUUCGACCGUGGCCAUCACGUCCUUCAUCUCGCCGUUUCGGGCCGACCGCCAGCUAGCGCGGGACCUGCACGCUGCGGCGAGCCAAGGCGCGGGCGCGAACGAUGACCCGAUCCCGUUUGUUGAGGUGUAUGUCGAUGUGCCGAUUAGUGUUGCCGAGCAGCGCGAUCCGAAGGGGUUGUAUAAGAAGGCGCGGGCUGGCGAGAUUAAGGAGUUCACGGGAAUCAGCAGCCCGUAUGAGGCCCCUGAGAGCCCGGAGAUCGUGAUUAAGACCCAUGAGAGCUCUGUCGAGGAGUGUGUUGCGCAGAUCGUGAGGUGGCUUGAGGAGAAGGAACAUGGAAUCGUCGAUUCACCAACCAAAAAAUUAGGUUAA